UAUUUUUGUUGUUUAUAGAAGUGUUAAAAUGUAUAGUUGGGGAUCAGCUAGUAAUGGUGAGCUAGGUCAGGGAGGAGUAGAGGACGCAUAUAUAUCUAUCCCAACCAUUGUAAAGAAACCAGACAUCAAGCCGAGCAGUAUAUCAAUUGGUGGCCGGCAUUGUUUAGUAAUAACGGAGACUGGCGAACUCUACAGCUGUGGUUCAAAUGAUUUCGGCCAACUUGGCCGGGAGUCCAGUCAGACUAGACUAGAGCUGGUCACGGCAUUAUCUGAGUACACAGUUCGAAGUAUAUCUGCUGGAUCAAACCACUCCCUGGCUGCAGAUGAUUGGGGGAGUGUUUUCAGUUGGGGGAGUGAUGAAUACGGUCAACUGGGGCACAAUCAGGGUUCACAAACACUCAGAGUUCCUCGUCUCAUCAAGUCACUGGGAACAAUUAAGAUCGAUCUUGUAUCUGCUGGAAUGUAUCACAGUGCUGUACUAACAGCUGGUGGACAGGUGUAUAGCUGGGGAAAUAACAGUAAAGGACAGCUAGGUCUAGGACAGGGAGCAGAUCACGUGUUCAACCCAACCCUAGUCGAGUCCCUAGCAGGGGUCCCCCUUGCAGGACUCACAUGCGGAGGAAACCACACCCUGGUUGUUUCUUUAAGUGGAGCGGUCUUCUCUUUUGGUUCUAAUACACAUGGACAACUAGGAGUAGGAGAUACACAGGAUAGAUAUCUACCAACCCAGAUACGAACCCUCCGUAAACAGAACAUAUCGCCUGCUGGUUUAGCUGCAGGAUCUGAACACAGUAUAGCUCUUACCAGUGAUGGUGGAGUAUUCACCUGGGGAAGCAGCCGCUGCGGUCAGCUCGGUCACGGGACCACUUCUUCAGAGAUUUUACCUAGGCGGAUUCUAGAACUCAUGGGAACUCUGGUCACACAGGUAGCAGCUGGUGACCGGCAUACACUAGCACUAGUCCCUACCAGGAAUAAACUUUACGCUUUUGGAGUAGCUGGUUCAGGACAGCUAGGACGAGGACGGCAGAAUAAUCAAAAUUCAACUCUACCUCAGAUUGUUAGCGGAGAUAUAAACUGUCGGACAGGAUUUAUUUCAGCAGGAGGAAACUCCAGCUGGCUAGCGGUCACAGACAAGGAGAAAAGUCAGUUGGAUCAAGACCCAUCAAUAAGAAGGCUAAAUCAAUCCUUACUUAAGAAAAUAUCAGAGAUUAAAGAAGAUGAACUUUUAGAUCAGGAUUUAUUGGAAGAGGUUGAACUAAUAUUUUCAACAUUAUCCUGUAUUAAUGCAUCAUUACUAACUCCUACACACAGUGGUUGCAGUGGAAGUAACCCUGGUGUUGACUUUGCUGCUUGGAAAGAUGCUUUCUCUACAAUACAGAACUGUAAAAAUGAUACUAUCUCGUCCGCAGUUAUGUCAGGUCUGUUGAGCUGCCUGGAACAAAUAAAAUUAAAUCCACCUGACACUGAAGCUCUAAGAUUUUUCCUGGUGUUUCCCUUACACAGUUCCAUGAUGGAUCCUAGUUGUGCUAUGGAGUUCCAGGUUCCAUACGCUGAAAAACUUAUGCUGCUUCAAGGGAACGCUGUUAAGGUUUUAGAGAAAUGGUUCGGGAAGAGUCCUAAGGAUUGGUUUCUAAACUUACUAACCUGCUACAAGGAUGCUGCAGUACCAUUCCUCAAACUCCUAAACCUGGAGAAUAUUGAAAGAAUUAAAGUUCGAGCUCUAUCUGUUAUUCUUGUCUUCCUCACUUUUCUUUCAAGGGUGAAUAGUGAGAGUGGAAAUGUGUUGAGCUACGAAACCUUCUAUAUUCCCAAUAUUCAUGAAUACUGUGAUCUCAAGCUUUCAUAUUUUAGUUGGAAAAUGGCCAGAAUGCGGGGUCAGGACACAACUGCAGAGUUUUAUAUUUGUAAUUUUCCCUUCAUCUUCGAUCCCAUUGCCAAGGAGAUUGUUCUGAGAUCCGACCAGGAGUUUACUCAACAGAUCGCUCAGCAGAAUGCAGUCCAGGACGCAAUGUUCCAGAUGAUUGCUAGUGGUCAAGGGAUGCUCAAUCCGUUUCUGGAGAUAUUUGUCUCAAGGAACAAUAUAGUGCAGGAUACAAUUGCACAACUUCUCAACACUUUACAUAGAAGAGAAAACUUUAAGAAACCUUUGCGCAUCACAUUUCACGGAGAAGAAGCUCAAGAUGCUGGCGGCGUAACAAAGGAGUUCUUCCUUCUCCUCAUGAAGGAGAUCCUGAACCCUGACUACGGGAUGUUCAAGGAGUACGAGGAGACCAACACCGUCUGGUUCAACCCGGCCUCCUUUGAAACCUCGGAGUACUUUACUAUGAUUGGAAUAGUUUGCGGACUAGCGAUAUAUAAUUUUACAAUAAUAAACCUUCCUUUUCCUCUAGCUCUGUAUAAGAAACUGUUAGAGGAGAAAACCGAAGAAAUUUCUGAUUUGGCUGAUCUCUCUCCUACCGUUGCAAAAUCUCUACAGGAUUUAUUGGAUUAUUCUGAACCCGACGUUGAAGAAGUUUUCUGUCUAAAUUUUACCAUUACGGAGUCCUACUUUGGGGAGUUAGUGGCCAAACCUUUGAAACCAGAUGGAGAGAAUGUGGCUGUAAACAAUGAGAACAAGGUUGAGUACGUGAACCUAUACGUGAACUACAUGCUCAACUCCUCCUGCCAGGAGCAGUUCGAGGCCUUCAAGAAGGGUUUCCUCACAGUCGUUAACAAACAAGUUCUUCUACUCUUCCAGGCUAAGGAGCUGAUGGCCCUGGUGAUUGGUAAUGAGAACUACGACUGGGAUAAGCUGGAGGAGGGUUGUCAGUACAAGGAGGGAUUCACCAAGGAUCAUCAAACUAUACAAUUCUUCUGGGAAGCUUUUAGGGAGCUAAAGGAAGAAGAAAAGCGGAAGUUCCUUUUGUUUCUGACCGGAAGUGACCGUAUCCCAGCACGUGGCAUGGAGAGCGUACAGAUCACCAUUCAGCGUACCGGAGAUGUAAACUGUUUACCUGUAGCACACACCUGCUUCAACCUACUCGACCUGCCGGAGUAUGCUACUAAGGAGAGGCUCAAGUUCAAGCUUCGGCAGGCAAUACUGGAGACCAAAGGGUUCGGUAUUGUCUAGUUAGUUGUGGGACCAAGAUUUAUAUUUUUCAGAUCUAAUAUCAUUCAUCACUGCCUUAAUUUCCAGUGUGUUCUACUUGUAUUCUAGUUGACGAAUGAAACUAAAUUAGAUUUUUCCGGAAAUGUACCCUGGCCUUUACUUUGGAGAUUAAACUGAAUUAAAAUAAACUAAAAUUAAAGUUG